UGCGGUCCCGUGCUGCGCUUGGGCCCACGGCGCCUGGUCGCGAGAGGCCGCUGCUGCCAUCACUUUAGGGGUUCCGGCUAUUUGGGAGACUCGCGGAUUGCUUAUAGGCUACAGAGGCUGAAGGAGGAGCCAUACCCACUGAACAGUAUAUAAUUGCAGCACAUUGGCAUUUGUUCAUCUGACAUUUACAGAACUGAAUUAUCUUCUAUCCUUAGAAAUGGACUCAGAAAUCAAGGAGGACAUCCCUGUGCAUGAGGAAUUUGUUCUGUGUGGAGGAGUUGAAACCCAGAUUCUAAAAUGUGGGCCGUGGACUGACCUCUUCAAUGAACAAAGUGACAACAGGUCAAAGCUGCUCAUUUUCAUUAUUCCUGGUAACCCAGGUUUUUCUCCCUUUUAUGUGUCAUUUGCAAAAGCUUUGCACGCUUUGACAAAUAAACGCUUUCCAGUUUGGGCAAUCACUUAUGCUGGCUUUGCCUGGGCCCGCAAAGACAAGAAGGUCCUUACAGCACUAAACGAUCCAAAUACUCAAGAAAUCAAGGAUGUGUAUGGACUAAAUGGUCAAAUAGAACACAAAAUAGCAUUCCUGAGAACUUAUGUGCCAAAAGAAGUGAAGCUCAUUCUCAUUGGCCAUUCAAUAGGCAGCUACAUUGCUCUUCAGAUCUUGAAGCGUGCUCCUGAGCUCCCAGUCAUUCACACCUUUCUGCUGUUCCCAACAAUUGAGCGAAUGUCUGAGUCACCUAAUGGCAGAAUUGCUACUCCAUUACUCUGCUGGUUUCGAUAUGUGCUUUAUGCUGCUAACUAUCUGAUACUUAAGCCAUGUCCUGAGAAAAUCAAGUUAUUGUUAAUCAAAAUGGCCUUUCAAGUAAUGAACCUGAAGAAUGAAAUCUCAUCAAUGAAGGAAAUUUCACUGACAUACCUCUUACACCCAUUCUGCCUUGCUAAUGCUGCCUAUCUUGGGGGUCAAGAAAUGAUGCAAGUGGUGAAGAGAGAUGAUGAAAUCAUAAAGGAACAUUUAUCUAAGCUUACCUUUUACUACAGUCAGACAGAUCCUUGGUGCCCAAUGAAGUACUAUGAAGACAUCAAAAAGGCUUUUCCAGAAGGAGAUAUUCGACUCUGCGAGAAAAAAAUUCCUCAUUCUUUUGUCAUCCAUUUUAGCCAAGAAGUGGCUUGCCUGGUUGCUGAGUGGCUAAACAAUAAUCUAUCCAAAAUGUAAAGAUUGGCACAGGAAAGAACACCUAUAGACCAGUACAUGGAGGCUGUUGGCAUACUGUGCAACUAUUUAAUUCAUAUUGAUGCUUGGUGUUAAAAAGGAAAAAAGUGAGAACCUCUCCCAACUCCCUGUGCUGCAGACUACAGUGAACACAGCUGAUGGAUCCUUCCAUAGGACUAUAGCACACUUUCCCAGACUUGGGGAACACCAUGCUCUACAUGAAAACUUCUCUGCAUACAGCCCAGCAGCACCAGACAGGAUGGUUUGUUCAGCAGAAUCCUUGCAGACAAAAUCUAAAUGCUUUUGGUUUUAAUUGAGUACUGAUGUUCCAUCAGAAGCAUUCCAUUUUCUCCCAGAAAUGGGCCCACAUAGCAUGAUCAUUCCUUAAGGGUAGUGUGAUUUUGUCCUCCCAAGCCUGAAUCCCUUGGAGAAAGAUGGGCUCUCAUGUGCUACCAGCCAGUGGUUAGUGUUGACUGGUGAGUGAUGGUCCUUUUGCAUGGCUUUUAUACUGGAGCAAAUAACUUCUCAGAGGGAAGGCUCUAAACAGAAGUGCUGUUAGUCCAAGGAGAAGACAGUUAGAUCAGAUGCUCAAACUAUAGCAGGUGCCACACACAAGUCCCUACUGGCAUCUGCAUGAGGAGGCCAUCUGGAAGGCUGACCUUGGAAGGCAAGAUUCAAACUCUGAGUACUUUGAUACAGAAAAGGCUCAAUAGCAUGAGAUCAAAAAGUACUGGUAAAGCUGCUACUGGAAUGGAGAAUAGCAGCUGCAAAUCUCCUUUAGCAGUUAUUUUACAUUACUCUUUGUUCUCAAGCUCUGCUGUGUGAAAUUGUGUGUUACCUGCAUUUUGUAGAGCUUACAAAAGAUACUAAGUCUUCAUGACUUCCCUCAUAUAACCACCAAAUGAAUUUUUGAAAUAGAUGUUGUACCAGCAAUUAUAGCUGUGUCUGGCUUGACCUCUGUGUGCUAGGGAAAAGAUGUGGCAUGAGCAGUUUGCCUGAGUUAAGCUCGGCUGUUGAAGAACAACAACACUUUGCCAGGGCUCCUUUUAAAGAGGAAGAUCAGGUUUAAAACAACAGACACUCAUUUCCUCUGGGAAUUACAGAGCUAGGCAUGGUAGCACAUGCCUGUGAUCCCAGCACUCAGGAGACAGAGGUAGGAGUUUGAGUUCCAAUCCAUCCUAGGCUGUAUGGGGAGAACCAGUCUUACCAAAACAAAAAAGGAGAGAAAGAGAGCAAAGAAAGGGAGGGAAAAAGAACAGAGAAGAGAAAACUUGAUAAGCAGUGGAUUCUCCAGUAGUUCUUCCUGUGUUCUUGCCAGCCACAUGGAUGGUCAUUAUGGUCUUUAUCAUACGAGUAAAAAGCAUGAGCUGGCUCCUUGAGCCAGACCCUUGGUGAUUUCUAGUUUGUUUAGAGCCAAGAAACAAGCUCCAAAGACAGUUCAUGUGACCUGGGGUUCAAACUUACAAGGCCCUGUUGCCGCCACUUCUCUACUCAACCCUUAAAGAGCCAGGGACUUCCAGAGGUUUGGUUUUUCUUCAAUACACUCUGUAUUAUAACAACAACAACAAAAGUCUCAGAUUUAAAAAGACUUAAAUAUAACAAUCUAAUAUAACCCUGCAUCUAGAUUGGGUGAUUUUUAUUAUAAAUUUUGGGAACACAUUGGAUAGUGUCUGAUGUGUUAAUUUUCUGACAUAAGUGGUUGUGUUAUGGAGCAAGGAGUAGGAAAAUGAUCUUAUUUAUACUGAGAACACAAUAACAUAUCUGGGGACUACGAGGUAUCAUGUCAAUUACAAACAAUUCAUUCAGAGGAAAAUAAUGUUCUCUGUGCCUACAAACUUAUUGGAAACUUGAAGUAUAUAAAAAUAAUUAUACUUAAAGAAA